AUGACGGUUCUAUCAACACCUCAAAACGAAGCUGUCGAGCUAGCUUCCGUAACAGUAUCUUCAAGGUUACCAGAAUUUUGGUGUGACCAGCCACGGCUAUGGUUCGUGCAAAGUGAUGCGGUUUUGGGACCACAAAAGCUCAGUGACGAUGCAAAAUUUAAUUUAAUCGUUACUAAGUUAAAUAAAGACAUUAUUCAACAAGUUAGCGAUAUACUUUUGAAUCCACCGGAGACAAAGAAAUAUGAAACCUUGAAGGCUCGUCUGUUGGCGGUGUACGAGGAAUCGGAAACCAGUAAAUUUCAAAAAUUACUCAGUGGAAUGGAAUUGGGUGACCAAAGGCCUUCACAGCUUUUGCGUCGAAUGAGAGACUUAGCACGUGGAAAAAUACCGGAUGAAACACUUCUCAUUAUGUGGCAAAGUCAUUUACCUGCUUCUGUACGAGCUGUUUUAGCUGUAAGUGAAGUUAAAGACCUCGAAAAAUUUGCUAUAAUGGCCGAUAAGGUCAUGGAAACCUCAAGACCUGUGAAUAUUUCCGAAAUUCAUACUACCGGUUCCAGCUCAAGUGACAACUCUUUUAUAUUGGCUGAACUUGCAAAAUUAAGUUUACGUAUUCGUGAUAUGGAGAGAAGUAGGUCAAGACCAAGAAUUCGUUACAAUAAUCAGCAUAGUCGGCGACGGUCUGUCUCGAGAGCUCGUAAUACUAUACGGCGUACGCCGGAAAACGCUGAUUGGUUUUGUUAUUAUCAUCACAGGUUUCAAAGCCGAGCAAAGAAAUGUGUGGAGCCGUGUUCGUGGAAGAAACAUAAUAAUUCGGAAAACUAA